AUGGAGAAAUCACUCUUACCUCAAAUCCAGCCCCCAACUUAUGGUAACCUAGUCACCAUUCUUAGUAUUGAUGGACGUGGUAUCAGGGGCAUCAUUCCUGCAACUAUCCUUGCUUGUCUGGAAUCUCAACUUCAGGAGCUGGAUGGUGAUGAUGCAAGGAUUGCAGACUACUUCGAUGUGAUUGCUGGAACAAGCACAGGUGGUCUUGUGACUGCCAUGCUAACUGCUCCGAAUGAUGAGAAACGUCCUCUAUUCGCAGCCAAAGACAUCAAGCCCUUUUAUCUUGAGCACGGCCCUAAAAUAUUUCCACACAGAAGGUAAUAUUUGAUACAGAUUGUUCUUGC